GGAGCAGUAUACAAAGAACAUGGAACGAAUGUUUCUUCGGUGCUUGUACCGCAAGAAGUAGCUGAGGCUGUGCCUAUUGCUGAGCCUCAGCCUGCAACUGCACCUACGACGGUACCUGUACCUGUACCUGUACCUGUACCUGCUCCUGCUCCUGCUCCUCAGUCUGGAUCUGGGUCUGGAUCUGUAACAGAUUCAGAACUUGCAUUAGAGUCUGUACCUAUGGCUGUACAAGAAUCUGUUCCUGUUCCGGUAUCUACUCCAGAGCAAAAGCCUGAAAAAGAGAUCGUGAACGACGUGGAUACAAGCCUGGCUAUCCUGGAAGCACGCUGCAAACGUUUUGGAAUCCCGUUUGACCCCGAGAAGCACAGACCCAAAGCGCAAACGGUCCAAGCUCCCCAACGCCAGCAGAACAAUUACAGUCAGAAACUCUUGGAGCGACGCAAGCGGUUCGGCGCUACGACGACAGAGGAGGAGAAGAAGAACCAGAGGAAGCAGGAUAAUAAUAAGAAGAAGAAGGAGAGAGAGAAUACAAAGCAGCCGGCGUCGAAUCGACGCAUGUUCUCUGGAAUGAGUGAAGAAGAGAAGAGCAAAAUGGAGGCUCGCAUGAAGCGUUUUGGUUUAUCGGUACAAUAG